UGUCAUUGAGGAAGAAAUAGCCUGAUUCCUCACUCUGUUGUUACUUCGUCGAUCGAUUCAUUCGGGUUUCCUUCGUUCUCUUCUGACGUUCUAUAAAUAUGUUGGAAUAACUAAACAACAACCAUUGACUUACAAUUAACGCACCUUUCUCUCCUUGAUCACGGUUGAUUCAAGAGAAACUGACACCAACUUGGUUAUUUAUUUAUAUUUCUUUUUGUGUAUAACAUACCAACCCGUGUGAAGAAUACAUCACUCAUACAUUUAGACAUCUACGAUGUAUUUACGGGGUACAUGUCUGUACUUGGUACUAUUAAUAUCAUGGUGUGUACUGAAGGUUUCCUGUGAAGAAGGCCAUUGUGUGUGGUAUGGAGUAUGCGGUUCCAUUCAUAAUUUCCAGCCAACCAACUGUGUCUAUAAUGGACCAGCGAAGCCACUCACUGACCCAAGUGCCUUGAAAAUCUUGAAGGAUUACUGCCCAACACUUUAUAAGGGUCCCAACACGACGACAUGCUGUAAUAACGAAACUAUUCAUAAUUUUGCCAAAAGUUUGAGUCAGGCUCAAGAGUUGUUGACUCGCUGCCCGUCAUGUUUUUACAACUUCCGCAACCUUUAUUGUGCUUUCACUUGUGACAGUCAACAGAGCAAAUAUGUCUAUGUUUCUGAGACAAAGAAUAUUUCUGGCAAACUUGCUGUAGGAGGCAUUGACUACGCUGUUGAUCCCGUGUUUGCCAAUGGCCUCUUUGACUCCUGCAAAAAUGUUCUAAUGCCUAGUGCCAAUAUGAAAGCCAUUACAUUGAUGUGUGGUAGUUAUGGCAAGCAUUGUACUGCUAAAAAGUGGUUGCAAUAUAUGGGUGAUGUUGGAAACAUGCACACUCCCAUUGCUAUUCACUUCAAUGUCACAAGCUCUCCCUGGAAUGUUGCUCCUCAGAAAUCAUUAGUUCCCAUGAAUUACUCAAUAAUUCCUUGUAAUUUAUCUGUAACCAAUGACACAAAACCUUGCAGUUGUCAAGACUGCAGCGGUUCAUGCCCUAAAUUUCCACCAGCACCUAAACCUCCAGAGCCAUGGGAGAUUCUCUACAUUAAUGCUUAUGAUUUUAUAUGGGGCUCCAUAUUUCUGGGGUUUUUUCUUGCAUUUAUGUCCUAUGUUAUUUGGGAAAACAUUGUGUGGCAAAACAGUUUGGGCUUAGCUGAUGGAAGAGAGCCUAGUCAAUUGUCUGAUUAUCCAGUUUUAGGGGAAACUGUUUUUGCAUCUCGCAAUAAAAUAUCUUCUAUAGGUGAUAGCUUCAUGAACUUCUUAGAUGAAAAGUUUUAUAAGUGGGGCUAUUUAUGUGCUAAAUACCCACUGAGAGUUCUUAUAGUUAGUGCAGUUAUUUCUAUUGCCCUUUCUUGUGGGGUUAUAAAAUUCCAAGUUAUUACUAACCCUGUAUUACUGUGGUCAGGCGCUAAUAGUGAAGCUCGUCUUCAGAAGAACUACUUUGAUGCAAACUUCAGUCCUUUUUAUCGCAGUGAAAUGAUAAUUAUAACAAGAAAUGGGAACCACUCUCGUAUCCAGCAUCUUAUGCCACCACCAUCACCAACAUUUGUCUAUUACAAUCCCAUUUUUGACAAAGACUUCAUGCAUGAGGUUCUUGACUUGCAAAAUGCUAUUUCUGAGCUGACUACAGAAUUCAACAAUGAAACAAUUGGACUAAAAGACAUCUGUUUCUCCCCUUUGGCACCUGCCAAUAACAACUGUACAAUCCAGAGUAUAUUCCAGUACUUUCAGAACGACCAUGCCAACCUUGAUAAAGUCAACAAAACCGUCCUACAAACAUUUGCUGAUUAUCUUGACCACAUAGAAACCUGUGCUAUGAAUCCUACUUUGAUGAAUGACACCAGUAUUAGUUUACCUUGUACAGGUAACUUUGGAGGACCAGUUGAAAUCAGUAUGGCACUUGGAGGACUAACAAAUAAUAAUGUAAAGAAUGCCACUGCUUUUAUCAUCACUUUUAUUGUCAACAACUAUCUUAAUGAUAGUAAAAUUGCCAAAGCAGCUGCAUGGGAGAAAAAAUUUAUUCAAUUUCUGAAAAAUUAUUCCAAUCCAAAUAUGACAAUCUCUUUCUCUGCAGAGCGUUCCAUUCAGGACGAACUAGAGCGCGAAAGUGAAUCUGAUAUCAGCACCAUUUUGAUCAGUUAUGUAAUCAUGUUUAUCUACAUCUCCUUGGCUCUUGGACAGUUCCGCAGUAUCAGAACAACCUUUAUUGAUUCCAAAAUUACCCUUGGUUUUGGUGGAGUUAUCAUUGUAUUUCUGUCUGUGAUGAUGUCUCUUGGCAUCUUCAGCUACAUUGGUCAGCCAGCCACCCUUAUUAUUAUUGAGGUCGUACCAUUUUUAGUACUGGCUGUUGGAGUUGACAACAUCUUUAUUCUUGUACAAGCAUUACAGCGUGAUGUCGGUGACCCAGAUGAAAUUUUUGAGUCCAAAAUUGGAAGAAUUGUUGGUAAAAUUGGUCCAAGCAUGCUGCUUACUAGUCUUUCUGAAUCAGUAGCUUUCUUAUUAGGUGCUCUCACUACAAUGCCUGCUGUCCGAAUGUUUUCCCUCUAUGCUGGAAUGGCUGUCUUUUGUGAUUUCGCUCUACAGAUCACCUGCUUUAUCAGUUUAAUGGCAUUAGAUGCAAAACGACAAAAAGCUAACAGAUUGGAUGUGCUUUGUUGUAUAAAGCUGAAAAUGAAGAAUGUUCUCGGCACUGAAGAAUGCUUAUACUCAUUAAUAAAGAAUUACUAUGCUAGAUUUAUAAUGAAAAACUAUGUUCGGCCAAUCAUUGUGGUUGUGUUCUCUCUCUGGUUUUGCAUUUCUGGUGCUUUGAUGAUGCGUGUAGAAAUUGGUUUAGACCAAAGUUUGUCAAUGCCAAAGGAUUCCUAUGUUCUGCAAUAUUUCCAUAACCUGUCUGAAUACCUGUCUAUAGGACCCCCUGUUUAUUUUGUUGUUCAAAACGAGGUGGAUUAUUCGUUGAGAGAAAACCAAAACAAAUUCUGUGCCAUUACAGGUUGUAACUCAGAUUCUUUGGAAGGACAAGUUUUUGUAGCUUCCAUGCAGCAAAAUUACACUCGAAUUGCCAAGUCUUCAUCCUCUUGGCUUGAUGAUUAUUUUGACUGGAUCAACCCAAAUAACCAGAACCCGUGUUGCCGUUACUAUAAAUCCACUGGAAAGUUCUGUGAUGCUGAUGUUGUCAAUCCUGACUGUGUUCCGUGUAAAGUGGAAAUGGAAGGAAAUCGACCAAGUCCUGAAGAUUUUAAGAAAUAUCUACCAUGGUUUUUGGAUGCCAUACCCAGUGUGCAAUGUUCGAAAGGAGGUCAUGGUGCAUAUGCUACUGCUCUCAAGUUUAACAAAAAUAAAACCGGAGUAUUGUCUUCCUAUUUCAUGUCAUUCCAUACGGUGUUGAAGACUUCCACUGAUUAUAUUGAUGCUUAUAAACACGCUCGAAUAAUUGCUCAGAAUAUUACAAAGUCAAUGAAUUCUAGCGGGGAAUACAAAAUUUUCCCUUACAGUGUCUUCUAUGUGUUCUACGAGCAGUAUCUGUCAAUUGUAAACGACUCCAUCUUCAACAUUGGAAUGUGUUGUGCAUCUAUCUUUGUCAUGACAGUCAUUCUGAUGGGAUUUGACUUCCAUACUUCAAUCCUUGUAGUUUUUACCAUUCUUAUGAUAUUGGUCGAUAUGUUAGGAAUGAUGUACCUUUGGGAUAUACAGCUCAAUGCCCUUUCACUUGUUAAUCUUGUCAUGUCUGUUGGAAUAUCAGUUGAAUUCUGUUCUCAUAUCGCUCGAGGCUUUGCUGUAUCUAAGGAAGGAGACAGAGUCACAAGGGCCCAAUAUGCUGUGGCUCAUACAGGAAGUUCAGUAAUGAGUGGAAUAACACUGACCAAACUUUUUGGAAUAAUUGUUCUAGCCUUUUCAAAGUCCCAGAUUUUUAGAGUCUUUUAUUUCCGAAUGUAUCUUGGCAUUGUAUUUUUUGGAGCAACCCAUGGUCUAAUAUUUUUACCUGUUUUGCUCAGUUAUAUUGGUCCACCAAAAAGAAAUGUACAUCACUUUGAAAUUGAAGACAAAAAGAGUUCUUCAGAGCGAAGUGAUAGUGAAACCAGAGAAAGAUAUCAGAAAAUAUGAGCGCUAGACUUGUUCUUUACAAGAAAACGAACACCGCCAUUCUUGUGUUGAGAAUGAAUUCACUGUACAAAGCCAAUAAUGAUAAUAAUAAUAUGAAGGGAGGAAUUGUUCAUUAGUUACUGAGUGAUUAUUUAAAUGAAAAAAAAAAAAUUGCAGACGGAUUUGAUAAUCCCCCACCCCCUCUAUCUGUUCCUAAAUUUUUAACUCUUAGAAUUCAAAAUAACAUCAUCACUACUACUACUACCACCAUUACUUCUGCUUUUAUUUAAUUUGCAGGAGUGUUUCUCCCAUAAAACACAAGAAUAAAAAUAAUUUAAGUAACAACAAUUUACUAAUAAAAAAACCUGCUUGAUUCUGUUUGAUUUCUUAAGCUUCUCCAAUGUUUGCAGGAUUCUCUCUUUCUAUAAAAUAAUUUGCAUUUUUUUUUAAUCAAAUUCAAUGUUUUUUGUUCUCUUUUCAGUACAGUGAUUUUUUUUCAAUUUUCUUUUUUUUUUUUAUAAAGAAAACAUUUUUUGUAAAUAGUUCCAUUAAAUAUAAAAUAAUUCCAUUAAAUAUAACAUGAUUUAUAGAUUGUUGUUUUAUUUAAACAACUUUUUUUUUAAUGUACCUCUCACGAAAAUACGACAGUCACAUUUUGGUGAGUGGCGGGGGUUGUCAAGUUUCAGGUUUUAAUUGUUUUUUGAUGUUUUUUUUUUCAAGUGAUUGGGAAAAUAGCGUUAAUAAUGUUAACAAGAUGAAAUAAUUAUUUCUGACACACAAAUUGGCACUUGAAUGAUUUGUUUAAGUUUUCAUUCUAUUUGUUUGUUUUUAACAUCUUGAUUAUGACCAUGCAUUCCAACUGUCUCCAGCAAAACAUAUAAUGACAGUGAAGAUGAAAACAUUAAACUGAGCAAAUGAAUGGGAAAAGUUCUAUAACUUUAGUGGGGUGGAGGGGACCGUCCUUUUUUUUUUCUAGGGCUUUGAAGGGCUAUGUUUCAUUCAGAAUCCCUCCGUCACAAUAAGUACUCAUCUCAAGAUGUUCUUUCCACAUGACUAAAUCAUCCUCCCUGCUCGUAAAUAAGUCCCAACUAACAUAUUUUCAUUCUCUACAAAUGCUAGACCUCACAUUCUCUGAUUACCUUUCAAGGUUACCACACAUCUAUAUUGCCAAGACUGCAUCUAACAAAAGUUGGGGGUUAUUCUCUUCAGCUUUAAACAAUUUCUUUAUAAAUCCUGUGUGUAUACCACAGAGAAUUCUCUUUGAAUAUAUACAGAGCAUAUCUAACUUUACUCACCUCCCACAAAAUGUCAUCUGACUUAUAAGCAAGCUUUCACUUAUUGUCAUGUUGCCACCACUAAAUCAGUGAUGUGCACACAAACCCUGUCUCUUUUACUGCUACUAUAAACAGUUUCUGUUCUCCUCUGAACUUUCUAACUAUGUAUACCUCCUAAUGUAUGUCAUCUGUAUUUACAUAGACUCCCCUUUUUUUUGAAAAUAUUUCCCAAUAUCUUCCUCCCAGAACUUGUGACCCUCUAAAAAAUACUCCUUUGGUAUUUCUAGAUAUUUGACUGAUGUAAAUUCAAGCUUAUACAUCAACUGUCCCUAAAGACUGUUGGCAUAUUCCCUCUUCUUUGUAUUAAUAAGAGAAGAGAAGCACCCCAAAUUAACAUAGAAUAUUUUGUCUUUGUUUUGUGUGGAAUUUAAGAAAAAUAUAAAUGUUAAAAUUAUCAAAAGUUAGUAAACAUGACAUGAUAGUUUAGUAAGAAAAUUUUGAGGUGGCAAAAUUGAUCAGUUAGUCAGUAGAGCAUCUGACAAAAUAUUUUUGUCAUUUGAUAGAGCAUUGGACAAAAUGCUUUGCAGAUUUUAUUUCAGCUCUUAAUAUUUGGUGUUCAAAUCCCACCAAAGUCAGCUUUGUUAUUUUUUCUUUCAGGGUCAAUAAAGUACCAUUCUGAGUGGUUGGGUGGUAGAAUCAUUAGAGGGUUAGACUAAAUACUUUGUUCCAGUGUUUUGCAUUCUGAGUUCAAAUCCUGCUAAUGUGUACUUAGAUGGUAGACUUAAUCUCCUGUUCUUUAAUCCUACCACCAACUUGUUGGGUACCCUUAGCAGAAUUUGCUUUAUUGUAAGCAUUCAGGUUAGGUUCCUAGUUUGAGUGUAACUUCUUAAAUUCCUCUUUCUUUCCAGUCUCAGGGGCUCUAUAAAGGGUCAAAGGUCAUGACCCUUUGUAAAAGGGCAUGAUCUUCCUUCUGACUAAAUGAAUGAAAAAUAUCAGAACUACAAUUAAAAUUUCCCUUUAGCAAUUAUCUAAAAAUCUGUAUGACAUCAUUACAUUUGUAACCAUUGGUAAGUUAUGAGUGGUUCCAGAAGAUGAUUUUAAAUAGUCAAGUUCGUGUUUAACAUCAAUAGACAUAAAAAUUCCAAAUCUUUUUUUAUAUUUAUUAGAAAUUAUUAUUAUCAAUAAUUAUGCUUUUGUUUGUUUGUUUUUUACAUGUAUAAAUCCAGUUCAAAUGACUUCAACUGCUGUAAAUCUGUGAGUUUGAUGGUUGUGGGUAGUUCAUGCCUGAUUGAGACACCAUUUCAUUAUCUAACUAUGAGAUGAAUAAUUAUAUAGAUUAGAGACUUCACAACCAGCUCUUAAUUAAAUACAGCUUAUAACUCAAUACCUGCUGCAGUUGUUUCAUUGUAUUUCUGGACACAGUGCAACAUUCUGUUCCUCAAUUCAUCCAACUCUAAAUAAAUGUCAGAUAUUCUGAUGGUAAAAAAUGGUAACUUAUUCAAAGAGCAGGGUGGUUAUAUUUCUAAUCUACUUAACAUAUGUCCCUGUGUGGUACAUAGAAACAGUUAUCAUUAUUGCAGCAACACUUUGUAGACUUUCUGAGAAUGAGUUAAUUUGAUAAAGUUGAUAAAAAGUGUUAGCUAAAAGGUUGAUAAUUAUAAGAAUUUAUAAAUGUAAUGUUUGAAAAUUAAAAAAAAAACAGGAGGGACAAAAUUUAACAUAGAUUGUAUUAGAUAUAUGCUUAAAAGGAAGGGAAAACAUUUUGAUGUUUCAGAUGUUAGUCCUUCAUCAACUUUUUCCCUUCUUUUUAAGCAUUAACCUAAUACAGUAUUUGCUCAACCUUGUCCCAUCUGGGUUUUUUUUUUUUUUUUGUUUAUUACAUUUACUGUUUCUAAUUUAGAUACAAGGCUAGCAGUUUUAUGAAGAGAGACUUUCUUGAUACUAUCAACCUCAGUACACUACUGGUACUUCGUUUUAUCAACCCCAGAGAGUUGAAAAGCAAAGUUGACCGUCAUGAGAUAUGAACUCAGAAGAAUGCUUUUUUGCCAAUGUUCUAACAAUUCUUCCUCAUUUUUACACCAAUUUUGCUGGGAGGGAGCUAGUCAAUUACACCAUCCUUGAAAGGAAGGCAAAGUUGGUCUCGUUAGGAUUUGAACUCAGAACAUAAAAGAUCAGAAGAAAUGCCACUAAGCAUUUUCUCGGGUGCACUAAUGAUUCUACUCGCUCACUGAUGAUAAUAAUAAUAAUAAUAAUAGUAAUGAACUUGUUUACAGUACUUGGGUGCAUUACAGCAGACUUUCAUUCAACUGCAAAAUUCUAUUGCCAAAAAUGUUAGUUUUUGUACAAUAUGUAGAAGAGUAAAUAAAAGACAAAGGAAUUUGGCAGGAGACACUUCCCCCUAAUGAACAAUAAGUAACAUUCAAGACUAGCUUGUUUUUUAAAACACCAAUAAAACAUCCUUGGAUAAGUCUUAUAUUCUUUUUAAAUAUUCUUUUUUUUUUUUUCUUUGAUAAACAAAAUUUUUAAAAAAUUUUCAGAAUUGUCAUUAUUUUACCAAAAUGAAAACUUUUUUUUUUGUCACCUAAAUCGGUUUGUGAAAUACUUCAUUGAUUAAAUGAACUGUCAAAUAUCUUUAAUCACAAAUACAUGAUAAAUGCAUAGCAUUGAUGCUCACACAAUAUUGUUUCCACGAAAUACAACACUUUUUGCAGCUUGAUUCCUCUCUGCUUUUCUUCUCCUGGAUUUCCUUCCAUAUUUAUCUGAUUCUAAUUUUGAAGUUGUUUUUAUUUUCAUUCUUUUUUUUUGUUUUAAUUUAUUUUUUACAAACAAAACUUUUGAUUUAGAAUAUUGAUUGAAUAAAAAAUAUUUUUACAAUGAA